UCGCUGCCGCCCCGCCCCGCCCCGCGCACGCCGGCGGCCGCCUUGGCGUUCCGGAAGUUGAAGGCCUUCACGGCGUGGAACUGAUUGGGAGGUCAUGGCGGUGCACUUAGCCAGGGUUUUCCCCAGUUGUUUGAGUUGAGUUCGGGAGAAGUAUGGCCAGGCCGAGUCAGUACCUGCGCCAACUGCAGGGACCUCUGCUCCCACCCAAGGACCUGGUGGAGGAGGAGGACGACGACUACCUAAGGGACGACGUGGAGGAGGAUGAAGACUCGGUGUUCGUGGACGCCGAGGAGCUCUGCAGUGGGGGCGUAAAGGCUGGCAGCCUCCCCGGGUGCAUCCGUGUUUUAAUUCCUGAUGAAAACACACAAGAGAAAUGUAAAGUGUUUGGACGUUUUCCUAUAACAGGUGCUUGGUGGAGAGUGAAGGUGCAAGUAAAGCCUGUGGUGGGAUCAAGGAGCUAUCAUUAUCAAGUUCAAGGAUUUCCAUCUUACUUUUUGCAGUCUGAUAUGUCACCACCAAAUCAAGAACAUAUCUGUGCCCUCUUUCUUAAAGAGUGUAAUGUCCCCAGUGAUUAUAUUAAUCAGUUUUUAACAUGGGUAAAUGAAGUAUCAAACUACAGAAACCUAAACUUUGAAAAUCUUAGGGAAACACUAAGAACUUUCCAAAAGGAAACUAUAAGGAAAGAUCAAAAGCAGCCUGCACAGAAUGGCCAGGAAGAGUUGUUCCCAGACAAUGAGAUGAGUCUUCCUAUGGAAAACACAGUUCCGUUUAAAAAUGUAAUGACAGCUUUGCAGUUUCCGAAAAUAAUGGAAUUCCUACCAGUUCUUCUGCCUCGUCACUUUAAAUGGCUCAUAAGUUCAGGUUCUAAACAGGUGUUGAAAGAGAUAGAAGAGGUUUUAGGUACGCAUCCAUGGAAACUUGGAUUUAGUAAAAUAACCUACAGAGAAUGGAACCUGUUGCGAUGUGAGGCAAGUUGGAUAGCGUUUUGUCAGUGCCAGCCUCUUCUCCAGUUGAUGGCUGAUUUGGAGAAGAACGCACUAAUAAUAUAUUCAAAACUGAAGCAGAUGUGUAGAGAACAUGGGCACACAUAUGUUGAAGUAAAUGACUUAACUUUGGAAUUGUCAGAUCACAUGUCAUUUCCUGAUGCUUCGGAAUCUCUGAAGUUUUUGAAGGAUAUUGGUGUGGUGACAUAUGAGAAGGCCUGUGUCUUCCCUUACGACCUUUACCAGGCUGAAAGAGCCAUUGCCUUUUCAAUUUGUGACCUGAUGAAGAGCCCUCCAUGGCAUUUAUGUGUUGAUGUCAAAAAGGUGCUUGCCUCUAUUCACACCGCAGAACCUGAGAAUUCAAGAAGGGAUGAUGCAUUGAAUGAGAGCAAACCUGAUGAAGCAAGAUUAGAAAAUCCUGUGGACACACAGGACAGUGAUGACCAUAUUUGGACUAAUGGUGAAAGUGAAAUUAAUGCAGAAAUAAGUGAAGUUCAGCUUGAUCAGGAUCAGAUUGAAGUUCAGCUGGAUCAGGAUCAGUUGGCUGCUUUGGAAAUGAUUUGCUCCAAUCCUGUGACAGUCAUAAGUGGGAAAGGUGGAUGUGGGAAGACCACAAUCGUUAGCCAUCUUUUUAAGCAUAUAGAGCAGUUGGAAGAAAGAGAAGUAAAAAAAGCUUGUGAAGAUUUUGAACAAGACCAGAGUUCUUCAGAAGAAUGGAUUACCUUUACUGAGCAAAGUCAACUAGAGGCGAGCAAGGAUAUACAAGUUUUGCUCACAGCGCCUACAGGGAAAGCAGCUGGCUUACUAAGACAGAAAACUGGUCUUCAUGCCUACACACUGUGUCAGGUCAAUUAUAGCUUCUAUUUAUGGAACAAAAAAAUGAUGACCACAGACAAACCAUGGAAAUUUUCUUCAGUUAGAGUUCUGGUUGUGGAUGAAGGGAGUUUGGUAUCUGUAGGAAUCUUCAAAUCGGUCUUAAAUUUAUUGUGUGAGCACUCCAAACUUUCUAAACUUAUUAUCCUUGGUGAUAUUAGACAGUUACCCAGUAUUGAACCUGGUAACUUGCUGAAAGAUCUUUUUGAGACUCUUCAGUCAAGAAAUUGUGCUAUUGAGCUAAAGACAAACCAUAGAGCAGAAUCUCAGCUAAUUGUGGACAAUGCUACAAGAAUCUCAAGACGUCAAUUUCCAAAAUUUGAUGCAGAACUAAAUAUCUCUGAUAAUCCAACAUUACCCACCUCAAUUCAAGAUAAGACAUUUAUUUUUGUCAGGCUCCCAGAAGAGGAUUCCAGUUCUCAGUUAUCUAAAACUAAUCAUCACUCUUAUUUAUAUUCUGCAGUUAAAACUUUACUGCAAGAACAUGACUUACAAAAUGCACAGACAUCACAAUUUAUUGCAUUUAGAAGGCAAGACUGUGAUCUAAUUAACGACUGCUGUUGUAAACACUACACAGGCCACCUCAUCAAAGACCAUCAGAAUAGACUUGUAUUUAGAAUUGGUGAUAAAAUUUGUUGUACCAGGAAUGCAUACCUUUCAGAGUUACUCCCUGAAAAUAUCUCUGGAAGUCAGCAAAAUAAUGACCUAGAUGCCAGUGGUGAAGACUUUUCUGGUACUCUUCACGAUUUUGCUAAAAAUAAGCAUGACUUUGAAAGUAAUGUUCGACUAUGCAACGGAGAAAUGUUUUUCAUAACAAAUGAUGUAACUGAUGUAACUUUUGGAAAGAGAAGAUUUUUGACCAUUAAUAAUAUGGCUGGCCUGGAAGUAACUGUGGAUUUUAGAAAACUAAUGAAAUAUUGUCGCAUAAAACAUGCAUGGGCAAGAACUAUUCACACUUUUCAGGUAAGUGGACUUUUACCGUCAGCAUCUCUACUCCCUGUAGUCACAGACCACACUGUGACAAAUGAUGUCACCUGGAGUGAGGCCUCUUCACUUGAUGAGAGGACACUCACCUUUGCUGAAAGAUGGCAAUUUUCUUCACCUGACGGAGAGGAUACAGAUGAUGAUUUAUCAAAAUCGAGAGCAUCCAAAAGGACCUGUGGCUUGAAUGAUGAUGAAAGUCCAAACAAAAUUCGUAUGGUGGGAGAAUCUCCACAAGUGUCUUCCAGACUUCAGAAUUUGAGACUGAAUAAUUUAAUUCCCAGGCAACUUUUCAAGCCCGCAGAUCAUCAAGAAACUUAGUUUUAUUUCAAAUUGCUCAAAGUAACUAUAUUUUUCUAUUCAAGACACGAUGAACAUUGUCGCUUCAAAGUAUCAAGAUGAAAAAA